AUGCACCCUCCCUACGCCUCAGCCCGACAUCCCGACGCCCCACACCCCACACCCUCAGCCGACGCCCCCACACCCCACGCCCUCAGCCCGACAUCCCGACGCACCCACACCCCAACGCCCUCAGCCUCCCGACGCCCCCACCCCCACACCCCAGCCCGACGCCGCCGACGCCCACACCCCACACCCUCAGCCCGACGCCUCCACACCCCACACCCUCAGCCCGACAUCCCGACGCCCCCACACCCUCAGCCUCAGCCCGACGCCCCCACACCCCCACACACUCAGUCCGACGCCCCCACACCCCACCACUCAGUCCGACGCCCCACACCCCACACCCUCAGCCCGACGCCCCCACACCCUCAGCCCGACGCCCCACACCCCACCCUCAUCCUGACGCCCCCACACCCCCUAGAAAGGUACAGUAUUUCCAAUUUAGUGAUGAGCGAUAUAUGCUGUUCCCUGUACAUCGAGGAUGGGGUUGCCAUGUUGGGUUAA